AUGAAAUACGGCUCUCGCGUGUGGCAGAGCCCCGAGGCGAGCUGCCACCUUGAGCUCGUGCAGCUCGUGCCAUCAUUUGGGCAUGCAAGGUCUCGCGUGGCGUGCGCAGAGUUUCUGGCCAUGCCGGGGGCAGAAGCACGAGCCGCCAACUUCGUCGAGCCAGGACGAGUGCACAGCUCCUUCGGCGACUUCGGUCACAAGCGGCGUUUUGAUGGUGGCGUCAAUGAUCCAGAUGGAG